AUGGCGUCAGAAUCUACGCAGAGGCCGUUCCGAGUCGUUAUUGCUGGAGGAGGAAUAGCUGGCCUGACGCUGGCUAACGUCCUCCAACAUGUGAAUAUCGAUUAUGUACUGCUUGAAGCAAGACCGCAGUUUGUAUCACAAGCUGGAGCGGCAAUUGCAAUAAUGCCCAAUGGUGCUCGCAUCCUUGACCAGUUGGGCAUGUGGGACGACAUCUUGGAAUUUACUGGACCGGUUUUGCGAGCAAAUUUCCUCAAAGCUGACGGCUCGUUCAUAGUCGAGGAUGAUGAUGUGAUGGAGCUCAGUGCGGUAAGACAUGGCUACGGUAUCGUAUUUCACGAACGCCAGAACCUUCUCAAAACUCUCUGGAAUCAUGUCUGGGACAAGGAAAAGUUGCGACUGAAUAGUUGCAUAACCACUGUCGAUCAUCGAGAUGACGGCAUCAUGGUCCAUUGCAAAGAUGGUAGCACUUAUGAGGGAGACAUUAUAGUUGGAGCAGAUGGCGUGCGUAGUAUCGUCAAGGAAGAGAUGUGGAGGGCAGCAGAACAGGCUCAGCCCGGAUUCAUAUCUGAAAAGGAAAAGCAAGGUUUAACUGCAGAAUACGUUUGCCUAUUUGGAAUUUCUAAGACUGUUGAAGGCCUAGAGGAUCCGAGCAAAUACUAUUGUACCUUCGAUGAGGACCGGACAAUUAUUACGAUGGUGGGCAAGGAUAAGCGCGUCUAUUUCUCUGUGGCCGAAAAGCUCGAUAGGGUGUACCAGCACCAUGAAGUUCCACGGUACACGAGUCAAGAUGUAGAACCGUAUGCUCGGAAACACGGCGAUUUACUCAUUCUCAAGGAUUUACCAUUUUCCAAAUUGUGGGAGAACCACGUGAUGGCCACGUUAACGCCGUUGGAGGAAGGGUUGUACGAGCAUUGGACAUGGGGCAGAUUUGUCUGCAUUGGCGACAGCAUUCACAAGACAACACAUGAUCAAGGGUCAGGGGGAAAUUAUAGCAUCGAAGGCGCUGUAGCACUUGCAAACGUGCUGGAGAAACUCCUACGCGAAAAUAACAAUGGCGGAAAAAGCGACGCACGCACAAAAGCCGGUUGCUUGCCAUCUCUUGCGCAAAUUUCAGCUGCACUCCUUGAGUAUCAAGAGGUCCACCAAGCCCGAGCCGAUUAUGUUUGCCAGGAAUCUGGCAAGCUGACCAGACUUCAUAGUCUGAGGAGCCCCAGCGACAAAUUCGUUGCUUAUUAUCUCGGACCGCGCCUGGGCGAUUUGCUAAUGGAUAGGUUAUCUGAGACGUAUAUUGGAGCUCAAAGGAUCAACUUUCUCCCUGUCCCGGAAAUUUCGCUGCAGGCGACGAUGCCGUUUAAUCCCACAAUGGGAUUUGGCAAGUCAGAGUCUCGCCGAAGAAGAGCUUUCUUUGCAUUGCCGCUGCUCGUCCUAGCCGUGCUAGCUUACGGGAGAAGAUGUUCCAGCGGGAGCGUUCUAGCAGUGCGUGCCGAUUCUGCUUCCAAGCUUGGUGACGUGAUUCAAAGCUUUAAUUUUGCUGCCGAAUAUGCUGUCAUCUAUACGGUGUUUCUCAUCGAAAGCGCGCGUCGUUCGAAUGCACUAACGCUUGCUCAAAGCCCAUUGUUCUUCGCUCUCGCAGCACGGCUUGCGGGCUCGGGCACCGUCAUUGCGCUCUAUUUCUUUUUAUUUUACGUGUUCAACUGUCCUAUUGAAAAGUUUGCUUCUCUGGACAGCCGCUACACAAACCUCACAUAUACACGGACCGUCCUCUUUAGCAUACUUUUCUUCUACUCACUCCCAUACGCCCUGUCGGUUUGGGCUUCUCAUGCGUCAAAUGUUGCCGACAGCGUCACGAUCCUCUUGUCACGCAUCUGGUCACUACAUGCUUUUAUCAUUGCCAUGUUCCAGUUAGUCUGUGCCAAAACGGGCUUGGUACAAGACACGUCUAAUCACGACAAACUCCAUGCGCCAACCCGAGAUUUGCCCGUCUUGCGCCGAACAAUUGGCGCCGUUUCUGCGAUUUCGUGCCUCUUGUAUCUCACGGGUAUUUACACUCUGUUUGCUCACGGAACGAGCUUCCAGAAUAUUGGCGUUCUUCUGUUUGGCCCGGCGGCGCAGUACGAGCGUGCAAUUUGUUUGGUAUCCGUCUUCUUCUGGUUCGGAUUAGUAGCACGCGAUCUGUAUGUCGCUGGAAUGUUGGACGACGUUUUAGUUCCAAGCUGGCUGGACCGGGCGUGGAUAUUACUAUCUCGUUUGACAAAUGCAAACACUGCAUUGUUACGUGGGCCGGAGAAGCUGAAGCGCCAAAGGCUGCGGAUUGCUCGGGAGGAGGUAAGACUGUUCAUUGUCCCGCUGGUCAUGGUCGGUUUAUUGGUCCUUGCGGCAAUCGUUAGUCCCGGCGCAGCGAUUGGUCUGGCGUGGUUAUAUAGAGAGGAAGUCCUGGCGACGAGGAGACAUGCGUCUGCGGUGACGAGGGAGAGGCUGGAGAAUUUGGAAAGCUUGGAGAAGAAAUGUGUGGAUUAGUGUCCGGUGAGAGUAGAAUUUAUAUGAACUUUUCUUUCCUUUCUUUUCUUUUCUUUUCUUUUUUUUUUUUU